AUGGUAAAGGAAGCUUUCACCACCAAUCCGUAUCCAGACCUUAUCCUCUCGGAUGCGGACCGAGAAGAGCUACUGCAGCUAGAAAGUGACUUGAUCCUCGAAGUCUUUCCCAAGUAUGAAGCGUUCGUAGUCAAAGACAAGCGGAAGGUCAAACACACCCAAUGGAAAACGAUCGGUGAUGAUAAGAAUUUACACGUCUACGUUGAGCGCAAAGGAUGGAGUGAAAGCUCUAUAAGUGACGACCCUAUCACUGAAGAACCUAAGGACUAUUGGCAGAAGCACAUUCCAAUCAUUCUCGCAGUGGGGACGUUCGAAGGAGAGUUGAACGAUCUCAUGUUCGGUACUGUCAACCCGAGUCAAGAGAUUAUGCGCAUUAAAGCCUCGUACGUGAAAGAUUAUAGCGAUGGCGCUGUUUUGGCCAACAUCGUGAUGCCAACUACUGAAAAUCCAUUCCGUUCCGUGUCCGUCAAAUGGACACAAAUCAACUUGCCUCUCAAUCAGACUGGCCUGAUCCAAAACCGAGACUUUAUUUGCCUUGAGGCAACAGGUAUCCUUCACUUUGCAAACGGAGACCGUGUUGGCUACCAGCUUCUUCACUCUAUCGACUUCCCAAACACGCAGCCAUUACCUGGAACCAUUCGUGCCAGACACAGGAUCAUUGGUUUCUACCGGCAAGUUAGUCAUAACGUCAUCGACACAUUUGCCUUCGACACCGUGCAUCCAGGUGGCAAAGUUUUUCGGUCUGUCGCUCUAGAAGCUUCCGCUAAGGCUCUUCUUUCCACGACAAACUACGUGGUAUGUGGUCAAGCCAAGAAAUUGACAUGGAGACUUCAGCAUCGACAGGCAGAGACGCGGCUGACUCGACACCGAAGCAGCACUCGAACACUUGUUGGUGAUAAUUCGUGUGGCGUAUGUGCGCAAAAUCUUGCACCAGGUCGUUUUGGAUUCCCAAGGGUGGGUGCUCUAGGUAAAAGUGUUUGUAAGCUUUGUAUGAAUCCUGUGUGUCACAAGUGCAAACGACCCAGGGGGAUCAGCUUCCUCACCCCAAACGGAAAACUUUUGCGGCACAAAAUCGCUUUUUGUGUCAUGUGCGUGAGCGAAGUCACGCACUUGGACGCAUUGUUCGCUGCGCGAGAUCAAGCGGAAGGAUACUUAGCCUACAACGCGAUGGCAUCCCUCUCUGGAUCUAAUAUCCUAUCGGACGACCUCAAUGUUUGA